AUGGCCGCACCGCCGCCUCAUCCGUCAUCGUACCGUCCAUGGGAAGAUACAGCGUCUUCAACAACCACACACCCCUCUCCGAUACACUCGUCAAUGCAAACCACAUCCACAGCUCAAACAAGCUACCUUAACGGCCGACCAUCGCUGCCACCGCUGCCCAUGACGACUUCGCUGGUUACGGAUCGGAGGCCGGUCUCCGGUGCCUCCACGCAGGGGUACUCGGGUCAGAAUUCGAGAAAGAGGCGGAGGUUGUCGGAUGAGAGUGAGGGGUUUACGUUCCCCUCCUUAACACCGAGUCCGCGGUUACCACAGAGGGUCGCAACGGCGACGGCGGCGGGCAGGAGGGGGGGCAAUGAGGGUGGGAGUGGGAACGGGAGCUUCCGGGAAGGUCUGGCCCAGGAGAGGGAUGGUGGAAGGGGAGGGGAGGCGGAGAGGAAUAGGGAGAGGGAGGAGCAAGGGAGCGCUUAUGCAGGUCAAAAUCAGAACAGGUUCCACCUGCAGAACUCGACGGGUUCCCGGCCGGGAACACCUGCAAGAGGGCAGCAGCAGCUGCACCCACUAUCAGUCCUAGUCUCUUCAAUACACAAUCUCGUCCUAGACCUGACCGCGCCAUCUCAAUCCCCAAGCCACACCAUUCCCGCACAAAUAACCCCCCACCAAAUCCCCUCCAUUGAGACUCUAACAACUUGCCUAGAAACUGUCUCCUCUCUCCUCCUGCGGUUGAAGUCACCCACUUCUCAAUCCCCGCCACUACUCCCGCCGCCACCCCAACUUCAACAUUCCCCAGCCACAACCCUCUCCCAAUCCCACCCCCCCAACCAAAGCCCACCACAAACCCUCUCAACCGUCCAACAAGCACGCGACGCCCUUCAGAAAACCAACAAAUCACUGCAAGCAGCACACACCCGCUCCCAAGCCCGUGCCGCAACCCUCAACACAAAACUCGCCGUGUGCAUGGAAGAGAAUGAGAAUUUGGCGAACGCGCACGAGCGAUUACAGGGCACGGUGGAGAACCUUGAGCAAUCCCUUGCAGAAGUGCGUGAAGAGCGGAACGAGAUUCGCAUGGAAUUGAGAAGGUCGGGCGCGCAGUGGGGGAGGAUAUUAGUGAACGCAGGACGGCUAGCCGAGGGCGAUUCUAGGGUUGAGAAGGGUCUGAGAGGGAAGAUGGAAAGUUUGAGGGAGGAGGUGGAGUGGUUGAGGGGCAGAGGUGUUGAUGGGGAUUCGCUGAUGGGAGGGAUGGAAAGUAGAGGAUUGGUCAGCCGAGGUGGAGGGAGUGGAGGGAGUGGAGGGAGUGAUAGGGAAGUGAGGGGAUUGAAGCUUAGGGUCAGAGAGCUGGAAAGGAACAUUGAGGAAGCAAGACGAGAUGGUAGAGGCGUACUCGAAAUGGCAGAAAAGUUGGCGAUGCUGGGAAAGGGGAUUAUAGAGCGAUGACAUUUAUUCACGUACACUUUAUUCUUUUCAAAAUUUCACCCUCUCUUUCCUCCGCUAUACAUUCUUGCUUCCUUCCUUCCUUUCUUUCUAUAUCCGUCUUCAUUACAUCCAUAGUAUCUCCUAUGCAUAAGUUGGGGCUCGGUUCCGGUUUUUGGUCUCGGGUGGUUUCGGGAGUUUUUCCUUUAUUUUCCCUCGCCUUCCUCUUCUCUUUCCUCUCUUUUAUGCAUGGUCCGUUUAAUCUAGUACAUUGGUAGAAGCAUUGCCGUUUACCCCGGGAAGAAGAGAACAUCGGUUGCGAGAGUAUGGUAUGUCUUGAUGAGCCUGCCUUCUUGGGGGGCGGCUGGUCGUAGCUAUACACACGCGUGCUAUCGGAGAUACCACACCUGCAGAGGAUCAUACAUGCAGAGGAUGACAGAGUUGCGUUGGUGGUGGGUGUGUGCGUGCUUAGUCUGGAUCAGUCACUGCCACUCACUCACAUUAGAGAAACCCUUCCGGUUAGGAAUUGUGUAGUAGCAAAGCACGAGCACAGGACACCGAUGGUAUCGCAAUGCGCUUCGUUAGCUGAAUUACAGUGCAAGUCCGGGCAACACCGGCGCCCCUGCCUUGCCACGCAAAAGCAAGAAGAACCAGUGGAUUUGCCAUAGUAUAGUAUACUUGCUCACACCGCGGCAUGCCGGCUCGAUCUAAGGAAGGCAUACGAAAAAGAAAGACAAGCCGCGGUCGGCAGGACGAAGCCCAUUGCUCUAGGCGAAGAUUAGAGUAUCGUACAUGGUAAAUAUUGGCACAGCAGUCCUACUCACCCCCACCCAGUCGAAUAUCCCCGUGUCCUUGUGAAGUGGGUUGCGCUGCAGGCGGGCAGGUAUGAAACCGCCUGGCGGUGUGGUAGGGUAAGUAAGUUUUUAAAGGAUAAAACUGGAUGGAUAGGGAAUUAAUUACACGUAUGUUUAAACCCGAGUGCUUUCUCGUGAAGGAGGCGAGCACGGUAUAUACACAGAGACGUGAGUUAACAUCAUGCCGGUAUCACGCACUAGAUUAGAACAGCACUAGCACAGCGCAGAGCAGAAUCCCCCCCGCACGCUUCCAAGUAUCGUACGAAUGCGCAACAAGGUUCUCAGUAUCAUACCGGAUAUCGAGUACGGUAUUGCAGAGUUUGUAUCGGUAUAUAUAUCAUGACCGACCGCCCGACCGCCCGCCCGCCCCCAACGAAGAACACCGGA